GAGCCCUGCGCCGUGGCAGCGCGGCGCUGCGGCAGCGUUGUGAGGAGCUGCAGCGGCUGCAGUCGCAGCGCCGCGCGGAGCGGGAGGUGCUGCGGGGCCGCGCAGGACAGGCGCGCGCGUUGGUGGAGGCGCUGCGCAGGGAGCGCGACGAGGCCCGCAGGGGGCGCACGGGUCCCUAUGGGGUCCUCCUAUGCCUGCCGUGCCCCUAUGGGGUCCCCCCGUUGCCCCCCCAGAGCCCCACGGCUGCAGCGGAGGUGACCCCGGAAGUGACCCCGGAAGUGCCAUCUCUGGGGGCCGCCCCCCCCUCCCCCCCCCGCAGUGAGGCCGGGGGGUUCAGCGCCCCCCAGGACCCCCCCGCGGCCCCCCAGGAGCUCAGGAGCACCGCGGAGCUGCAGCGCCGCCUGGCGGCCACCGAGGCUGAGCUGGUGGCGGCGCGGCAGGCGCAGGAGGCGGCGGAGCUGCGGGCCCAGGAAGCAGCGCGGGAGGCGGAGCUGCAGCUGCAGGCACUGAGACGGCAGCUGGAGCAGGACAAGGCGCAGGUGAAGGCGCAGGUGACAUCGCUGCUGGGAGAGCUGCAGGAGAGCCAGAGCCGGCUGGAGAGCAGCCGCAGGGAGAGGGGGGAGCUCGAGAUGAGGGCGCAGGCGGCGGCGGAGCGGUGCCGGGCGCUGGAGGAGGCGGCGGCGGCGCACAGCGUGCAGCUGGACCAGCUGCGGCUGCAGGUGGCCAACCUGGAGACCGCGCUGCGCGUCGAGCGCCAGGGGGCCACCGAGGAGAAGUGGAAGCUGGUGCAGCUGCAGGUCGCCUAUCACCACCUGUUCCAGGAGUACGACGCACACAUCAAGGCCAGCAUGGAGGGAGACAAGCGCAGCCAGGGCGCGGCGCGGCAGCUGGCGGAGGUGACGGCGCAGCUGCAGCAGGCGGAGGAGGCGCUGGCAGCCAAGCAGGAGCUCAUCGACAAACUGAAGGCCGAGGCGGAGCAGCAGAGGGCCGCCCUCGAGACCGUCCCCGUCCUGCAGGCACAGGCGGACAUCUUUGCGGCAGACUUUGCAGCAGAGCGCGCCGCCCGGGAGCAGCUGCACGCCCAGCGGGAGGCGCUGCAGGCCGCGCUCACUCAGCUGCAGCGCCAGCUGCGCCUCGAGGCCGAGGGGGCCGCCAGGGCACGCAUGGAGGAGAUGCGGAAACCGCCACUCGGAGCUGCGCCCCCCCGCAGGCAGUUUUGGGGUGCCCCCCCCUCCCCCAGAACUGCCGGAUUUCUGCUGCCCCAAAUGUCAGUACAAAGCACCUGAUAUGGACACGCUGCAGAUCCACGUCAUGGAGUGCAUCAAGUGAGGGGGGGGGGGCCCCCAAAUAUGGGGGUGGGGGUCCUCAAAUAUGGGGGGGGAUCCCAAAGAAAGGGGGGGGGGGUCCCAAUAGCUGGGAUUUCCCCCUGGAAAUUGGGGACCCCCCCCAGAAAGCAGAAUUGGGGACCCCCCCCCACGACUGGGGGCUCCUCCCAAAACUGGGGACCCCCUUCCAAAAUAUGGGGUGGGGGGGGGGUCCUAAAAACUGGGGACCCGCCCCCCAACCCCCCCCAAAAAAAGGGGGGGACCCUCAGAACCUGGGACCCCCCACUCAAAAUAUGGGACCCCCCCCAAAAUGUGGGACCCCCCCCGAAAUACCUGGAAGGGGUCCCCAAAAGUGGGAAUCUGCCUGGCAAAAUGGGGGGGGGACCCUGGAAGCUUUUUGGGGUGGAGGGGGGGGUCCCUAAAAGCUGUGCAAAUGCUCCCAGAUGUAAUAAAGGUUGGAUAUGGGAA